GGAUGUGGGAUCGAUUGGGCGUCCGACUCGCCCUCCUCUCUUCCCCCGCCCGCUCCUUCUCCUCCUCCCCCGCUCUCGCAGUCAAGAAGAGGAUGCCGCCCAAGAAAGCCGCACCAGAGAAGAAGACGCUGCUUGGCCGCCCGAGCAACAACCUGAAGAUUGGCAUCGUAGGUCUGUUCCGGACUCCCAACGUCGGCAAAUCCUCCUUUUUCAAUGUCUUGACUAAGACUGACCUCGCCGUCGCGGCGAACUACCCCUACGCGACCAUCAACCCCGAAGAGGCGCGUAUCCCCGUGCCUGACACCCGCUUCGACUGGCUUUGCGAGUCGUACAAGCCCGCGUCUCGAGUGCCUGCACACCUGACGUGUCUCGACAUCGCCGGCCUCACCGCGGGCGCGUCCAGCGGCGAAGGUCUCGGUAACGCCUUUUUGUCGCACGUCCGCGCAGUCGACGGCAUCUUCCAGGUCGUCCGUGCUUUCGACGACGCCAACAUCAUCCACGUCGAGGGCGAGGUUAACCCCAUCCGCGACAUGGAGAUCAUACGGACAGAGCUCCGACUGAAGGACAUCGAAUGGGUCGACAAGCAUCUCGACGGCUUGAAGAAGACGGGUCGCUCUCUCGGAAACUCCAGCCUGGCAGACAAAGCAAGGAAGGAGGAGAUCGCUACGGUCGAGAAGAUUCAAAAGGUCUUGACCGUCGAUGAGAAAGAUGUCCGCAAGGCGGACUGGACAAACAAGGAAGUCGAUGUGGUGAACGGUCUCCAGCUUUUGACGGCUAAGCCCGUCACGUACCUCGUCAAUCUCAGCGAGAGAGAUUAUGUGCGCAAGAAGAACAAGUGGCUGCCGAAGAUCAAGGCUUGGAUCGACGAAAACAAUACCGGCGACCCGCUCAUCCCCUUCUCCGUAGCACUCGAAGAACGGCUGGUCAAUAUGUCCGAUGAAGAGCGAGUAGAAGAAGAGAAGAAGAUAGGUGCCGUCAGUGCGUUGCCUAAGAUCACUACCGCAGGUUACACGAGCCUAGACUUGAUCCGUUACUUCACCUGCGGACCCGACGAAGUACGAGCAUGGACGAUCCGUCGCGGGACGAAAGCACCACAGGCUGCAGGUGUCAUUCAUACCGACUUCGAGAACAAGUUUGUUUGCGGGGAGAUCAUGAGCUUCGAUGACCUCAAAGAGCUUGGUAGCGAGUCUGCUGUGAAGGCUGGUGGUAAGCUACGGCAACAGGGCAAACCUUACGAAAUGGUCGACGGUGAUAUCGCUUAUUGGAAGGCUGGCAUGUAGCACUUGUACAGCUGUAGCAAAUAGUAGUUGUAAUUUGUAUGAUCAUCUCCAUUGAUCAUGCAAGCUGUGUACAUAAUGUGAUCUAAGGUAUGAGAUCAUAGAGUAAACACCAGUUCAUUAGGUUUGAAUGUUGGUCAGAGAUGCU